UGCUUCACAGAAGAGGCAUACUCUUAAGUACGGUAGCCCCGAGGGGAACGUAAGACCCGACAGAACUACGCGGUAGACCAACUUCACCAUCACCUAACGAAUAAUACCGACCUUACGAAAUUUUUACAACAGUAAUGGAGCUCAAUUAUCAGUCAAUGAAAGUCGCCCACCAGGCCCGAGAGGCGGAUGAGCAGAGGACUGAGAUGAGGAAGAAAAGUCUCCUCAUCCUCAUCUAUCACCACCUGCUGGGGCAAGGCUAUGUAGCUGCAGCAGUUGCCUUGGAUCAAGAGACAAAUGGAGGUGUGAGGAGGUUCGAGGUUAGCGAUAACAUCGAUCUGGAGAUGGUGUUGAUGGAGUAUGAGAGCUACCACUACGUCAAAUUCCAGAAGUAUCCCAAACUUAUCAGAAGAAUAGCAGAAGCAGGUGAAAGAAAAUAUCCAACACGUAGUGCAACUAAGAGGAGUCCCCGUUCAGCUGUGAAACCCCUUCCAGAAAUCAACCCUUCCCGGAACACAAACACAGGAACUGGAGCAAAGAAGCCAACCACUAGUGUACAGGAGAAUGGCAUCUAUCUUGCUCCACAGUCAUCGGACUUUGGUCUCAGCGUAUCCUCCAUCAAAAAUGCACCAGCUGGAGAGUGUGCCACAAACAGGAAGAUGACUGAUGCCAAAGGUGCAAUCCAGGAUGCUGUCAGAGGAGCUGGGAUUGAUUCAGACCAUAUGGAACGCCUACUGAAGCCACUGAGUGGAUUUUCUGGAAUGAGUGGUGAGAUGAGGGAACUAGCUACGAUCGUCAGCAGGGACAUCUAUUUGCACAGCCCCAAUGUGCGAUGGGAGGACAUCAUCGGUCUGGAGGAUGCCAAGCGAUUAGUCAAAGAGGCCGUCGUUUAUCCCAUUAAGUAUCCCCAACUCUUUACAGGCAUCCUGUCUCCAUGGAAGGGUUUACUGCUCUAUGGUCCCCCGGGUACAGGUAAGACGUUGCUGGCCAAGGCCGUAGCUACAGAGUGUAAGACAACCUUCUUCAACAUCUCAGCUUCCAGCAUUGUCAGCAAGUGGAGGGGAGACUCUGAGAAACUGGUCAGGGUUCUAUUUGAGCUGGCCAGGUACCAUGCUCCAUCCACCAUCUUCCUGGAUGAGCUUGAGUCAGUGAUGGGCCAGAGAGGAAGCAGCAUGGGGGGCGAGCACGAGGGGAGUCGCAGGAUGAAGACUGAGUUACUGGUUCAGAUGGAUGGACUAGCCAGAUCAGAUGACCUGGUUUUUGUACUUGCUGCCUCCAACCUACCUUGGGAACUGGACCACGCAAUGCUGAGGAGGUUAGAGAAGCGGAUUCUAGUGAGUCUUCCCUCUUCACCAGCUCGCCAAGCCAUGAUUUCUCAUUGGCUGCCUCCUCUCAGCUGCACAGGAGGGGUGGAGCUACGCACUGUGCUAGACUAUGAAGCACUGGCAAAAGAGAUGGAGGGCUACUCUGGCUCAGAUAUAAGAUUGGCAUGUAAGGAAGCUGCCAUGAGACCAGUUCGAAAGAUCUUUGAUGCUCUGGAGUCACAUCAGGAUGAUGACACAGACAUGCCCGCCAUCCAACUGGAAACUGUAACAACAGCUGAUUUCCUGAAUGUGAUUGAACACACCAAACCCUCAGCACGAAACCUGAUGGACAGAUACACAGCCUGGGAGAGAGAGUACCAAUCUGUCUGACACUAGUACACAUAACAUGAAUGUAAAGACUUUCAUACUAACGCCACUAAAAGUGAUGAUAACUCGUUUUUACUGUUACAAAUUUAUAUCCUGCACUAUACUAAAAAUUUACACUAAUGACUAUAUAUUAGCAUAAAAUGUUUCCUAUACUUUGGAUAUUUGUGACAAGCUACUGCAGGUUGGAACGGUGUACAUUUUAAUAACUGUGGAGCUUUGAAAAACUCUUUUUGACAUGGAGAAAAUAUUUGUUCAUUGAUCAUUUGUUUUCUUUUUUAUUAUUUGAAAACAAAAAGUAUACAACCU